AACAGAGUAUAUGCGUAAAUGAGCUCGCUUUUUUGUUUUGUUUUUUGACAAUGCUCCUUCACAGCAAGCAGUCAACAGGCUCGUUUUAAAUGUUUUAAUGGUAGAAAGUGAGAUCUCGUAUCUCAACGCUCUGCCCGGAGAAUCCGAGAGACAAUGCGAGUGUCGGGCGUUACUUGUCAAUUAAAUUUCACAAAUUUCUUGACACAUUAUUAUUCCGUAACAGCAACCGACUUCGACAGAGGAAGGAUCUAUUUAAUGCCUCGGUGAUUUUUACUCCUCGGUUCUGCUCUUGUUGUUUUCCCCUUCCACGAUUGAUGGGACCCUGCGACAGGGCAAUCUGAAACUAUUUAAUUCGCUGCAGCUCGUCUUUGGGAGACAGUACCGAGGGAACGGUGCACAAAGUAUUUUUAUCAUUCAAGACUUUCGUGACCUACAUAUAAUUUUCGAAAGAAAACAAACAUUUAAUCGUGUCAUGACUCAGGAAAAUAAAAAAAUAUUCAUCCAAGUUGUCCCGCAGCAUCUCAUUAUUCUCAUCUUGAAACGUCAAAUGAUAGUCCGUAAAAAUUAUACGUUCAACUAAUAUUCAGUACAAUAAAACUGGAUUUUUCUUGGGGUCGUGAAAGAUUAAAAGUACGAAGGGAAACAUGUACCGGAAAUUGAUGCUCGUUCUCGUCGGUGCAAUAUUUAAUUACAAAGCGAUCGAGGCUGCUGGUUUUUCGGAGAGAAAUAAUGAAAGAUCGAUCGCGCAUCGAAGGAGCUGGGACCUUAAACUGCCCCAGCCACACAAAUUUUGGCAAUAUUUUGGUGAUCGUGGCGCAUCGAGCCAGCUAGCUGCUGCCAGAGAUGAUCGCGGUUCAAACACAACUGCCGGAGUUUGGCAACGUCCGCAUGGGCAGAACGCACAAUCGAAACGGUCGAAUCAGAACAGUCCUCGGGACAAAAGAUUAUUUUCAUUAUUUACUGUCGUCAAAUUCGACAAUAACAUUUGCACCGAUUCCAACGGUGAGAACGGAGCGUGUAUUUCGCCAGCACAGUGCACUCAAAGACGUGGCACUGCGAACGGAUUGUGCGCCAAUGGUUAUGGGGUCUGUUGUACAGUUACAGCAAGUUGCGGUCAAUCGACGAGCGACAACAACACUUAUUUCGUAAAUACGAAUUAUCCUUCCUCGUUCGACGGCACCGAUUCUUGUCAACUCACGAUAAUGAAAUCCAAUCCAGACGUCUGUCAAUUCAGAUUAGAUUUUGUGCAGUUUAACAUCAGGGGACCCGAGACGAUGAAUCAUCUUUGUACUUAUGAUCAAUUUAUCGUGUCCGGGGCAACGCCGGUGUCUCCCAUAUGUGGAACGAAUGACGGAAAUCACAUGUAUAUCGAUGCCGGUGUCGGACAAACGAAUCCAGUCACUCUGACAGUCGUGACAAGCGGAACCGCGUACUCGAGAUCUUGGAAAAUACGCGUGUCGCAAAUCCCAUGUAGCACUAUUUAUCGAGGCGAAGAAGGGUGUCUUCAGUACCACACCGGUGUCGCAGGGCAAAUAAAAUCCUUCAAUUAUCAUCCGAGUACCGGAUUACAAUUGUCCAAUCAGGAUUACAGCAUUUGCAUAAGGAUGGAAAGAAACUUCUGUGGCAUUCAAUACAUGCCCUGCUUGGAACAAGACCUUCUAGGCGUCGAUCAACCUCCGCAGCAGCAGCAGCAACAGCAGCAAAGGAUACCGAGAAGCAACGCUUUUACGUUGACUGGAAACACUCAAGCGACGCAAAUAGCUUCGAUGACAGGGAUAUUGUGCCAGACCGAUUGGUUGAUGAUUCCAUGCGCAUCCAAUUUCGGUAAAAUAGCUCCACCCAUUGGUGGGGUCCAGUGCAUCGAUCGUCUUUGCGGUGGAACCUUCAAUGCCGAUAGUCAAAAUUUGAAUGCCUCUUCGGUUCUCAGUACGAUCAAACCAUUCAGGCUGAUUUUUCAUACGGACGGAACUGAAGCUCCGAACGACGUUGGAAAUCGAGGAUUCUGCCUGAAUUACGUUCAGCAACCAUGCACAGCGAAAUUACGAUGAUAAAGGCAAUAUGUAAUUGAGCAUCGAAAUACAAUUGACGAAUUUUUCAAUAAAAUCGAAUUCGCUUCGACGAAAUUUCAA